UAUAACCGUAUUCAAUUACGAUAUUUAUUUUAUUUUACCAACCUACAUCAGAACAUUGGUACCGUAACGAACGAAAUGUCUAAAAACAUUGUACUGUUUGGAGAAACUGGGGCUGGAAAAAGCUCGGUGCUCAACCUUCUGAAAGGUUCUGAAGUUGCCGCAGUAUCCGAUUCCGCCGUCGGUUGUACCUUUGAGCACACCAUGUAUCCCAUACCACCAAACUACAACGUCUUCGACACAGCCGGACUCUCUGAAGGAAGCGCCGGUACUGUCGGAGCAGACAAAGCGAUUGAACAACUGGAGAAACUCUUGAAACAAUUGUCUCUCACCGGAGGGGUUAACUUGCUCAUCUUUGUCGCAAAAUUUGGCCGCAUCACGAAAACUGUGGAAGACAACUUUAACCUCUUUGUCAAAACGAUUUGCAUGAACAGGGUUCCAGUCCUCUUAUUUCUAACCAACUCGGAAUGGGAACCCAACCCGAGAAAGUGGUGGGAGGAGAAUGCCCAAGAAUAUCGCAACCAUGGAAUGAUUUUCGGGGACUCUGUUGUCGGUUGUGCCGCCAAUCCCGACAAAUAUCCGGCCCCUGUAAAGCCCAUGAUUCGUGAACGAAGGAAACAAUCGCUUAAGGAGUUGACCAACCUUAUCGAGAGGCAUGCACUCCAAUCAGCUUGGAGGGUGGUGGAUCCGGCCGCGUGGCUGGGCUCGGUAGUGAUUGCAGUAAUUCAAAUAUUGAUGGCAGUGUCAACCUUUUUCUUCCCGACGGGUUCCAUUGUCACAGUCCUGGGUAAGUUGGGACUGAGCAGUGGCCUUAUUACUAGUAUUGUUAAUAUGUUCAAAUAAUGAAGCGACUAUUGAUAAAGUCGAGUUGAAUAGAAAUAAAUCAGAUAACUAUGUACUACAAGUA